AAAGGAGCAGAAUAUGUAGAUAACUUCAUUCUUCAGAGGUAUAAGAGACCACAUCCUAUUCUGGGCUUCAUAAAGAGGAACCUUCAACAGCUCACAUACAGAGCUUCUGCCUCAAAGGAACACUCAUUGAAGCAUAAAUAAAAAAGGAAUAUAAAGACAGGGGAGUGAUCAGCAGACGAAUAGUGGUAGGUCUGUCUGAGACAUCAUGGAGGGUAACAACAGACAACAGAGAGAAAGAUCAGAAGAAAGAUCCCCUAUGACGGUUCCGGUAACCCAGCCACGCUCCUCAAUGUUCUCCUGCUGUUUGGGGAUGGCAUCUGAUGAACCUGUAGGCGUCCCAGCUAGUAAUGUAACACAAGGCUCUAUUAUGAAGCAGCCCACCAGACAGUCUUAUGUCAACAACCCAGACACCAGCGAACGCAUACUACGAUUGGAGAAUACUGAGCUGCAAAUGUUUCCCACUGGUGCCAAGAGGUCGAACAACACCCCACAACCAGGGCAGCCAGAGCCUUCUAAUAAGAUGAAGAAUAAAAGAGGGGACCAAGAUGGAAGGAACGAGCUCAACCAGGGGUCCAGUCAGAAGCAGAACCAGGAUCAAAAGAUCAAGUUUCUGAUCAAUGUGCCCAUGUGGGUCCCACUACCUGACAACAACCGACCACUGGACCAAAUCCAGUCACAGGUUCAAAGGUUACUGAAGUUGAUGGAGGAUACAGGAUUUAAGGAGGAAGAUGAGGAGCACCUGAAAGAUGUGGCCAUCAUCAUUGGCCUCAAUGGCAAAGAUUCUCCUGAGCUCCGGGGACACCUGACAAUGCUGAUGAACAUGAAGGAGAAUACGGUAUUGAAGUUUAAAAAGAUUUCAUUUACCUGGGGACCCAAUGGUGACAUUAAAUAUGUAGACAGUAGAAAUAAAAUAAAAGGUAUACCAUAUACGGAUAUCAGAGAAUAUCUAAAAGAUCAUGAAGAAACUAAACAGCUUGUUAGAGAGUUGAGAGGAGAGGAUCCUGACGCUCUGAUCUAUUUCAGUUUUAUUGACGCUGAUACUGUAAGCUUUAACCAAGUGUACAGCUCUUAUUUAGAGAUAGUCAGAAAGCACUCUAACACUCACUCUGGCAUCCCCCCAACGGUGAUGUCAACAGGCUAUGAGUUUCCGGACGGGGCUUUUAAGAGGUCAAGCCAGGUUGACAGAGCGAUUCGAGUUGAGACAGCAAAACACUUUCCUCUAGGCACAUACUAUCCAGAGCCCAACUUCUGUGUAUUACUCCUAAACAGGGAGGACACACUAACAGAGAGCUUUCUUGGAAAAGACAAAACAAUGGAGUCGCCAAAAAUUAUCAAAAAAGUUAAGGAGCGUGAACAAUUCACAGCAGUCUUUACUGCUGAAAAUCCCAUAAUUACCUCCGUUCCAGCAAGGUGUAAAAUAAAUAAGGAUGGCCUGACAACUGCUCAAUCACAUUUUAAUCCUAGAGUUUGGGCAACAAGUGCAUACAUCCAUGGUGAGAUAAAGAGUGAACUAAAGGGCCAGGGAAGUUUUGGUAAAACAAGACAAUUAUUGAUGGAACUGUUGACUUGUCCAGAUGAGAAAUUUGAGGACAAGUGUAAAAAACUUCCUGUGGUAAAUAAUUAUGCAUCUCUGAGCCUGUGUAAGGCAGCUGGUGAGGUCCGAGAAUACAGAAAGAAAGUGAGGGGGUAUGAGAACCAACAGGAUAAGAGGAGUCCGGCAGAGAGCAGAGCAAAACAACCAGAGAUGUAACGCAUACCAAUUCAUGGCACUUCUAAAGCCUAGACUUAUGUUGACAUAAAAAUCUGUAGCCUUACUUUUGUUACGACUUUUAUUUUGCCAAAAUGUAUUGAGACACUGUUUGUAGCCUGGGGACUUUUAUUUUGAAAGCGAUAAUAUUCCCAGAGGCACCUUUGAGAGAGUGUGGAGAAAAAGACAGAGUGGAUGUUGAUGACUGCGUGGCUGUAUGUCUUGGUCCAGAGAAAUUCAACUACACGUAACAGUUUUCCAUUGUAGCCCGUGUGUUAUUUUUAUUGCCAAUCCACAAGUCCUCUGUUGGAGGUAGUGUUUAAUACCUACAAGUAGAAAUAAGAGUUAUUCCACAAGUCCUCUGUUGGAGGUAAUGUUUAAUACCUACAAGUAGAAAUAAGAGUUAUACAAAUCUAUCCAAUCCAGAAUAAGAAUGUCAUUUCCAAACAAGACAAACUCAAAUGUUGCUAAAUGACCUGGAUGAAUCUCUAGUCGUACACAACUAUGGGUGUAACCAUUUGUGCCAGAAUACUCACCAGACAUUAGCUUUAAUGGUGUAGAGGUGAGGAGUGAAAUACAGUAUAAAACAAUUAGGAAUUGACGGGUAUAAUAAGUUAUUCAUGAAACAAAGGUUAAAUCACUUACAGUUACAAUAAGUGCCAUGGAAGUUUAAUGACCACAGUCAGGACAUCUGUUUAAUGUCCCAUCUGAAAGGCUGCACCUAACGCAGGGCAAUGUCCCUGUCACUGCCCCUGGGCAUUGGGAACUCCUUAGACCAGAGGGAAGAGUGCCCCCUACUGGCCCUCCAACACCACUUCCAGCCUACUGUAUACAUAUUUGUUGUGUCCUAUAUAAUUGCUCCAUUCAACACAUAGCACUAAAGAGCUGAGCUACAGUGUGAUUGAAAUGUACAUUUGUAAUUGAGUCAAUAUAUGCAGCCUUUACCGUGAACGCAGUCUCCACAAACAUGGGAACAUGGCUGUUAAGUUGAAAUGGCUGUUUUCCAUUUGAACAUGCAUGUAGGGUAGAUAGGGUUUGAUGGAGGAGUAGAGAAACUUGUCUGACUGUGACUGCAUGACUGCUCUUCAGGCUGUGAUGAGAUUCAUAUGUACUUUAUCACUGAAUACUUUGUUGUGAACCUUUUCAUUUGAAUCAUAAUAUUAAUAAAGAGUUGUUGAUAUAAUACAGUGAUAUAUAGCAUGAAUGGAAAACACCUUUUCGUUUGAACUAAUCAUAAUGCCAGGCCAGAACUAACCAUUUUAUAAAACUAUAGAAAGAUAUGCUGUGUUAUGGUUAAGUACUGUAACAAUAUGUACCUACACUGUCAUUUUAUAACCAUCACAUGUAUGUUCUAUCAUUAUAACCAUCACAUGUAUGUUCUAUCAUUAUAACCAUCACAUGUAUGUUCUAUCAUUAUAACCAUCACAUGUAUGUUCUAUCUAUCAUUAUAACCAUCACAUGUAUGUUCUAUCUAUCAUUAUAACCAUCACAUGUAUGUUCUAUCAUUAUGACCUAUCAUUAUAACCAUCACAUGUAUGUUCUAUCAUUAUAACCAUCACAUGUAUGUUCUAUCAUUAUAACCAUCACAUGUAUGUUCUAACUAUCAUUAUAACCAUCACAUGUAUGUUCUAUCUAUCAUUAUAACCAUCACAUGUAUGUUCUAUCUAUCAUUAUAACCAUCACAUGUAUGUUCUAUCAUUAUAACCAUCACAUGUAUGUUCUAUCAUUAUAACCAUCACAUACAUGUAUGUUCUAUCAUUAUAACCAUCACAUGUAUGUUCUAACUAUCAUUAUAACCAUCACAUGUAUGUUCUAUCUAUCAUUAUAACCAUCACAUGUAUGUUAUAUCAUUAUGACCUAUCAUUAUAACCAUCACAUGUAUGUUCUAUCAUUAUAACCAUCACAUGUAUGUUCUAUCAUUAUAACCAUCACAUGUAUGUUCUAACUAUCAUUAUAACCAUCACAUGUAUGUUCUAUCUAUCAUUAUAACCAUCACAUGUAUGUUAUAUCAUUAUGACCUAUCAUUAUAACCAUCACAUGUAUGUUCUAUCAUUAUAACCAUCACAUGUAUGUUCUAUCAUUAUAACCAUCACAUGUAUGUUCUAUCAUUAUAACCAUCACAUGCAUGUUCUAACUAUCAUUAUAACCAUCACAUGUACAGUGCCUUGCGAAAGUAUUCGGCCCCCUUGAACUUUGCGACCUUUUGCCACAUUUCAGGCUUCAAACAUAAAG